AUGUGCAAGCUGGACCAGGCUUUUGACCAACUCAACAAGUCCUAUCUAAUCUCUAUACUGAGGAAGAUGGGAUUUGGAGACAAAUGGUUAAGGUCGAUCAAAUUCAGCAUCUCUACAGUCAAAUACUCAGUUUUAGUCAACAGGGAACCAAUGGGCUUCUUCUUCCCUAAAAAAGGGAUCAUGCAGGGAGACCCACUUUCCCCUUUCCUGUUCAUUUUAGCCAUGGAGGGGCUAAGCAAGAUGUUGGAAAAAGCCGGAGAAAUGCAGUGGAUUAAGGGAUUCAAAGUAGGCUCCAAUAUUGGGAACUCAGUUACGGUUUCUCACUUGUUAUAUGCUGAUGACACUUUGAUCUUCUGUGAGGCAGAUAAGUCAAGUUAUGUGCCAAAUGUAGAGGAGCUGGCAGGCAUUAUGGGUUGCAGUAUUGAGACUCUGCCUACAUUAUACUCGGGCCUACCACUAGGUGCUAAGUUCAAAAACUAUAAG